AUGAGCGAUAAUCAACAACCAUCAGCGGCAGCAGCAACUCAAACAGCAGCAACAGCAACAACUGCGACAGCGGGAACGGCAGCAACUGGAGCAGCAGCAGUAGCACCCAAGGACUCCACAUUGAAUUGCGAGUGUCCACCAGCAGCGGUUGCACCAUCGGCCACCUCCAUUGCCGGCUGUCCGGCCAACGUUGUGACCAUCCCAGUGCCCAUUUUGCAAACGGAAGGCACCUUUGCCUACGUCACCGUGAAAGGUUCACUGCAUGAUUACACUUGCACUGUGUUUGGCUUGAAUCAGGCAGAAGUUCAGGCUCUCUCGCAACGUUUGUCGGUGAAGAAUUGUGUGAAUGGCGUUCUGAUUGCAGUGCCGCCAAUGGUUAUGUUGAAUACGCUGGCACAGCUCAGCUAUAAAGUCAUUUGCAGUUGCGGCGAGGCCGAAAUCUGUUGGACCAUGCAGCGUGAAGUUUAAAUUGGCAACG